UAAUGACAGUUACCAUUGUACAAAAAAAAAAUGGUAAAGAAAAAUACAAAACUAUUCGCAAACACGGAGGGUGCUGAUCUAAUCAAUUUUAUCAGUGUGUGCACGUACAAACAAUCUGCUUCGGAAUGCACGAAGUGUAGUUAAUCCAUUGGAGAGGCAGCCCGCGAAAUUAGCAGAAGCAAACCCUGGUGCUGGCCGCAACAGGAUCGCUCAUGUGAUCUGACUGGUGUACCCUUGUUGUUGUCCAAAUUUGGCCCCAAAAUCCUGAAACUACAUUGUUCUCCUGGUGGUCAUCACUUAUAUAACUGCCAGAAUCAUAUUUCGGCAGCUCCUGCACGUGUGCUGAUGGAAUGGGAAAAUGGAACUCCUCAUCUGUCCGGCGACGAUAACUAGCGUGAAUCUGUAGCGAUGCUGCUAAGCGCGCACGGGCCUAUCGCAGCAGAAUUUUACCACACAUACACACACCUGUUGGAGACACACAACAGCUUUUGUUUUUAAUCGGUUCUCGCCCACGGCGUUUGUUUUGCGAUCACCAUGGCAAUUGUUCGCGCUGAACCGACCGGAGUUCCGCCAACGGUCACAACCGUGGCCAACCCUUCCUCGGUACCUAUCUUCUGCUGGCGGGAGUUUGCGUGCGGUUGGGGAGCGGCCUUUGUAAACAUUACCGUCACCUACCCGAUCUACAAGAUGAUCUUCCGGCAAAUGUUGCACGGGGUGCAGCUAACGCAAGCUUUCGGGCAGCUGCGCAGCGAAGGAAUGACCUAUCUGUAUAGGGGUAUUUUCCCCCCGCUGGCUCAGAAAACCAUCUCCCUGUCGUUGAUGUUUGGUGUGUACGAUAGCACACGAAGGCCUCUGGUAGAAUACUGUAACGUGAAUCCCUACACGGCCAAAACGGUAGCGGGCAUGGUAGCGGGUACAUUCGAAGCCAUGCUGAUGCCAUUCGAGCGGGUGCAGACCCUGCUGGCGGAUGCGACGUAUCAUCAAAAGUAUCGCAACACUCAUCACGCGUUCAAAAUAAUCAUUCUGGAAAAUGGUAUUAAAGAGCUGUACCGUGGUUUGGUGCCGGUGCUCUGGCGCAAUGGACCAUCCAAUGCCAUGUUUUUCGUGCUACGAGAGGAAGCCGACAGUCGGCUACCAAAGCGGGUUUCAAUACUUUCGCAACGUACGCAGGAGUUUGUUGCGGGUGCUUGCAUCGGUGCAUUUAUCAGUUCGCUAUUUUAUCCCCUGAACGUGGUGAAGGUGACCAUGCAGUGCCGGGUCGGCGGUCCUUACGACAGUAUGUGGACGGCGCUAAGGCAGGUGUACAAUGAUCGGGACCGAAGGAUAAGAAAUGUGUACAAAGGUGUCAGCAUGAACUGCACGCGUGCAUUCUUUAGCUGGGGUAUCAUGAAUACGGCUUACGAGCAGCUGAAGAAAGUGUUCUACUGAAGUACUCGGUGAGCGGGCGCCCGGGAUUGCGCGGUGGUGUGAUCUCAGACCACAUUUCUCCCCUUUUUACUCUUCGCCAAAAGAAAACCACCCACUAAUAUGAGAUUUAAGCGUCCCAGCGUAAAGAGUGCACCAAAACGAGCGUUUUGUUACCCAUUGCAUUUAAUGCGAUCCCUGAUCCGGUUUCUGUGUGCAGACGAAACAGUUCUAGUUGUCCGUUCCUCGUUGCAAACAAACAAACAAAAAAGUUUGUUGCUCCCGCGUGCUUAAAGUAUUCUUCUGUCUAUUUCGGCUCUUGAUUGUAAAUAUAAAAUGGCAUGUAAAUAUUUGUAGGAUGUAAUGUACCUACCAACCGUCGUAUGUUCGUUUAGGUGUAGUGAAAUGUUGUUAGCAAACGAAACGGAUGGUAAUCGUUGCUUUAAGCGCAAGCAUAAUCCCAAAGGAUGUCCCAAUAUUAUUGGGUUGUGUCGUACAAUAAAACGUUCGAACCAGUUACGGUGGUUCGCGUGUAGGAAGAAAUCGAUCGAGGUUACCGGUUACGGUUGCCGGAAGUGCAUAACGAGAGCGAGGGUGUGUGAUAUGUACCGAAUUUCGCACUAAGAUGAAUAAAUCAAAACAAAUAUGCCAUGUUCAGCACAAACCGUACUAAAAA